GUCGGGCACUGUCCAGGAAGAAAUUCUUGCGUAGGUAUAAAACGAUAGCAGUGUUUUGUGCGCAACAUAUUCUGCACACUGUGUGGUCUAAGCACCGAAUUGUGAAGAUGGCUGACGACAGAGAUAAAGCUACUGACCAAAUGAAGACAUGGAAGGCGAAUCGAGGUUCUCAGAAACCAGAUGUGCUGACCACAGGCGGUGGCCAUCCAGUGGGAGACAAAUUGAACUUGCAGACUGCAGGACCAAGAGGGCCGCUGCUGGUUCAAGAUGUAGUCUUCACAGAUGAGAUGGCCCACUUUGACCGUGAGCGAAUCCCAGAGAGAGUGGUCCAUGCCAAAGGGGCAGGGGCGUUUGGCUACUUUGAGGUCACUCAUGACAUCACUCGCUACUGCAAAGCCAAAGUGUUUGAGCAUGUUGGCAAGACUACACCAAUUGCUGUCCGCUUCUCCACUGUGG